GCAAGUUUUUUAAUUAUUAUUUUGGACAAUACUUAUUUGGAGUCCAAAAAGCUUGAUGUAGAUUUUCUAAAUGUCAAUGUCUCGUAAUCGUAUCUAAUCCUUUUUUUAUUCCUCCAAACGAACGUAAAUCACAAACUAAUCUCAAUAUCUUUCAAUAACAUUAUAAUUAAGUAAAUAUUAGUGUUUUUUUCGUUUUAAACGUGCUCUUAGAAUACGACAUGUACUCACUAAUCACUGUGACGACUCGGUUUAAGUCUUGAUUUUGGACUUGACCCAAUAAAUCUAUUAAGCAACAAUGUUAGCAUCUUGUUCAAUAUGUGGGGAUUGUUUUACCGGAAUUCAUCCUGAAUCAGUUCAUUCAACACCUUGUGGUCAUGUUUUCCACUACGAAUGUCUCAUGACAUGGAUUAAAAGAUCACAAACAUGUCCACAUUGUCGGUCCAAAGUAACUGAAAAGCAAAUUAUUAAGCUAUAUUUUCACAACAAUUCAAAUUUAAGUAUUAAAGAAGAUAUAUCGUCAUUGACACACCAAGUGCAGUCACUUACAUAUGAAAAUACUUUGAAGAAUGAAGAAAUAAAAAAUUUAUUAAUUAUAACCAAAAAAGAAAAGGAACAACUAAUUUCAUUAAAAAAACAUGUUAAAGAUGUAGAAGACAAAAUACGAGGUCAUCAAACAUUUGUAUCCAGUUUACAAGAAAAUAUUCGUUUUCUUAAAUCUGAAUGCAAAAAAUCUACUUCUUACAAACUUGAAGCUGAAGAAUUAAAAAAAGAUUUGGAAAAAUACCAAUCAAUAAACAGUAUAUUAUAUGGAACACCUGCAGAUUCUCAAGAAGCCGUAUGUUUGUUAAAAAAAAAGACUGAUAUUCAAACUCUGUGUUUACUCAUAACUUCUUUUAAAAAAGAAAUUCAAACUUUAAAAGAUAGUAAUAAAGAUUUGGAAACUAAGUUUUCACAACGCGUCACUAAAUAUAUGGAACUUAAAAGACAUUUAUGUAAUAUAAAUGCAAAAGAAUCCAUGAACACCCGAGUAAUGGAAAAAUUAAAAUCAGAAAUUACCGACCUUGAAGCAGAAAUUGUAAGACUACAAAAGAAAUGUGCAAAUUUAGAAUCUCUGGUGCAAGCAAAUGAUAAUACUCCAAGAAGAACUGAAUUAUGUAAAAGAAUAAUACAUGAAAGUCCAGCUCCAGAGUUAACUGUUACUCCAAGCUUAGAAAAAGUAUAUAAAGGUAUAAAAACAAAUAUAUACUCUCCAGAAAAUUCAGUUUCCUCUACAGUACAACCUAAAGGACAAUUAAAGCCACACAGUUUAAACAACAAGACAGAGCAGUCAUCAUCACAAUCUGUUAACACAUUUAUGCCUAAAAGUCCUCGACGACUAAUUGGAUUUAUGAGACCACCUUUAACUACUAAAUCAGUAAGUGCAAAUUAUGUAUCAAAAUCUAUGACUUUUUCAAGUAGUUCAGAUGAAGAAAUGUAUGAUGGUCUUGGUGGCCGUUCAAAACCAGAUGUGUACCCUAGUCGACAGAAACCAAUUAUUAAAAAGCGAAAAUUAGUUUCUAAUUUUAAAAAAAAACCACCACCAUCAAAUAGUAAUACAACAUUGGAUAGUUUUUUAUCUGCUGAAAUUCUUUAAUAAUGUAUCUUUACUAAAAAAACAUAUUUAUAAGUUUAAUUUUUAUAGUAUUU